UUAAAAUGUCGAAUAAGUAGAAGCAUUGGUUUAAAUUAUCGAUCAUAGACGUAUCGGAAGACAAAGGAUUGUUAUCAAUAAAAAAAAUGUCGAGUUAUCGCUUAUAGUUCAUAUCCUCACGUAAAGUUACAACGACCUUUAGGAGCGGACAAUAACCUGACAAUUUCAAUAACAUAAACAGCAUUACGAUUAGAGUUUCGUCAUCACACGAUUUUCCUCGUAACUAAUUUCCAACUUAAUGACCCUGUUGGUAAAGUAGAUUGUUACGCAGGAAUCAUUACCGACCGUGGGGUUUCUUCAAACAUAACCUAAAUGAUCAAAUAAAACGAGUAAACAAAACAAAGAGAAUCUCUUAGGUGAAAAAAGAGAAAAUGGAUUCCAUGUACCCUGCACCUCAAUCACCUUAUGCACCAACAAUGCCUGUCCCAACUGCACCACCACCAAGUGUAUUUUCGAUGCCACAACCUGGGAUACCGAUAGUACCACAAGGUGGUUGGUCACCGUCGAAUACGACUUGUCCACCAGGCUUGGAAUACCUUAUGGCCCUUAGUCAUCUAUUUGUACAACAGAAAGUCGAAUUAGUCGAAGCUUUUACCGGCUUUGAAACAAAGAACAAAUACAUCGUAGCGAAUGUCAGGGGAGAGCCAGUUUAUUACGUCGCGGAGGAGUCUGGAUUUUGUGGACGUUUAUGUCUGGGCACCUAUCGCAGCUGUGAAUUUGUUGUGAUUGACAAUAACAGAAGGGAAGUGUUGCGCAUGGUUCGUCCCUUCAGAUGCGACAGUUGCUGUUGUCCUUGCUGUAUGCAGGAACUGGAGGUGUAUUCUGGAGAUACAUUACUUGGGUCGAUAACGCAAGAUUGGAGCCUUUGGCGACCUACUUUUUCGAUUCGUAACGCAGCCGGAAAUACUGUUUUAAUUAUAAAGGGACCUUGGUUACGAUUCUGCGUAAAUGUAACAUUUAAGGUUAAAUCUGCGGAUGGUAGACACAGAGUUGGAGAUAUUAAGAAAGAAUGGAGCGGUAUUGGCAAAGAAGUUUUAACUAGCGCAGAUAAUUUUGGUAUAAGUUUUCCAGUAGACCUAGAUGUUAAGAUAAAAGCCGUUUUACUCGGUGCUUGUCUUCUAUUUGACUUCAUGUAUUUUGAAAAGAAAGAUAAGUCAGCUGCAUAAAGUGGAAGCUCUUCCAGAUCUGUUUAAAACAAAUACUUUACUAUGAUUACUUUUGCUAUGCUUUUCUAUAUAGCUUUUAACAGAUUAAUAUAAACAGAAUUACAUACAAUUCAUAAGAGUGUAACUAAAAGUCUUCUAAUGUAUUCUAAAGCCUAUCUAUAAGAUGCACGUGUUACUGCAAUCAUAUUUUUCUAUGUUGUAUUCAAAAAUUUACAUACUACGAUUGUCAUAAGCACAAGGUACUGUUUUUCUGCCAACUGAUGUAAUUACAUUCAUUAAUUGUUACGAGCAUAUGUUGUAUGCAUGUAUUUUUUUAAAUGUGACUGAUUUAUACUCACAGCUAUAAAGUAAAUAAUGAUUUUGUGAACUUUACAAAGGAUGGAGAAAGAUUAAAGAAAG